GUGGCUGCCUGCCUCUGGCACGUCUUUAGAAUUAGACCAUCUUUACUCACCUAGACUCCCAGCCACUCCGGCUGCUGACCUACAGGUUAUUUUUGCUUUAUUAGCAGGCAAUGAGGUCCCGGCUUCUGCUGCCCGUGCCCCACUUGCCCACGAUCCGGGAAACUACAGAAGAGUUAUCUCAUGGGGCACCUGGCCAGGACCCCCCAACCUCUCCUGGCCUGGAUGACUAUGUUAGGUCGAUUUGUCAGCUGGCACAGCCCACCUCAGUGCUGGACAAAGUCACAGUCUGGAACCGACCCAACAGACCCUCCCGGCCGGCCUGGACUAGAGAGAAGAGACCCCAGGCCGAGUUUCUAAGAGACAGCUCUGCUUGCUUCGGCAGCCCGCAGCCCACACUGCCCUCUCCUGGCACUGACAACCCUCUAGACUGGCUCUUCGGGAAGUCCCAGGAACAGCAGACAGAUAGAGGAGAACUACCCAAUGGGACGCGCCCUUCUGAUCCCAGGGGUGCGCACAGACAGAUGGACAAGUGUAAGGAUAUGGGGAGGCUCUGUGAGGCCAGGGUACCUCAGUGCUCUCUGGGAGGAGAAUCAGGACACAGGCAUCAGACCUCCAACCUGAAAAGCUGGACUCGUAGAAAGCCCUGCCAGGCCUUAGCCGUGGUCUCUGUCUCCAGCUCCCGCCCCAGCCGCGUCCUCAGCACUCUCUGUUUGCACCUCCCAGUCAUCCAUGAACUCUAAGCCGUCCCCAGAAAAAAAAAA